AUGGCCGGCGAAAGACCAUCCACAAGUGACACCCUUCCUAUCCACGAGGAGAAGUACGGCACCAACGGCAUCAUGAGCGGAAAUCAAUCUCAUCUCGAGAAUAAUGUGAAUGGCGUGGAUUAUGGUCAUCACCCUUCUGUUCAGAAUGGCGUCAAUGGAAAUCUCAAUCCAGUUCUGACACAGCAAACAACUGGCCCUCAUGGCUAUGGAGGCUAUAACGACAACCCGCUUGCGCAUGUAAAUACCAACAUGUCAGCUCGCAAUGCGGCAUUUGCAGGUUUCCUCGAGCCAGGUCUUUACAAACCAAAGAAGACGAAUAUCGCCAAUCCAGCACCCCUAGGAUUGAGUGCUUUCGCAUUAACGACCUUUGUGCUUUCACUCAUUAACUUCCAAACUCGAGGGGUGAGUGAGCCAAAUGUAGUUGUCGCUUUGGCUUUCGGAUAUGGUGGGUUGGUGCAAUUGCUCGCUGGCAUGUGGGAAAUGGCAAUAGGCAACACUUUCGGUGCCACAGCUCUUUCUUCAUACGGUGGUUUCUGGCUGUCCUACGCCAUCCUGCUCACGCCUGGCGGUUUCAACAUCGCAAGCGCAUACGCCGAAGAACAACACCUCCAAUUCGCAAUCGGCUUCUAUUUAAUGGGCUGGUUCAUCUUCACCUUCCUCCUCUGGCUCCUCACGCUCCGCUCCACCGUCGUCUUCUCCCUCCUCUUCUUCUGGCUCUGGCUCGCCUUCCUCAUGCUCGGCAUCGGGCAUAUCAUCACGCCCGCCUCCGGCUCCCCGAACUCGGCCCUCAUCAAGGCGGGCGGUAUGUUCGGACUCCUCGCCGCUUUCUUCGCGUGGUACGUCGCGUUCGCCGGUAUCGCGGAUAGCAGCAAUUCUUUCUUUACGAUUCCUGUGUGGCACUUUCCGUGGAGUGAUAAGGGGCGCGAGAGGAGGCAGAAGGUUAGUGGGGAGGGGAAGGGUGUUUAG